CAAACAUUGUUUGGUUUCAGAGUUUAUAGUUGGUUGUCAGCAGCACAUGCUGGGAUGUGCCAAAAAUAACCGAGAUAUUUAGUCAGCUGUCCCGCACCGGUUCAUUAUAGAACUUUCUGGUGUUGUACAGAGAUAGAUUAAAAGAUGACGAAGGGUGAUGCUGAGAAAACACCGCAGCAGUUGAAGGAGGAGGGAAACGAAGCAUAUAAAAAUGGUGACUGGGACACUGCUAUUGAAAAAUAUACUCAGGCCAUCACAAUCAGUACUGAGGAUAAAGACCGCUCAGUCUUUUACAAGAAUCGUGCUGCUGUUCACCUCAAAAUUGAGGAUUUUGAGAACACUGUGAAAGAUUGCACAGACUGUCUUGAAAUUAGUCCUAAAGAUCCCAAGGCACUGUUCCGUCGAGCCCAAGCCUAUGAGGCUCAAGAACAUUUUGAAAAAGCUUAUGCAGAUGCCAGAGCACUUCAGAUGAUUGAUCCAAAAAAUAAAGAUGUUCAGGAAAUGCUGUCUAGGCUACACAAAAUUGUGCAGGACCUAAUUGAAGAAAAAACUAAAACAUCAGGAAAAGUUCAGCAACUGUUUGAAAUUCUUUUUGAUUCAGGUUGUGAAAAAGAUAAGAGAGAAACUUGUGCCAACAACCUUGUGGCUUUGGCUAAGGAACGAGCAGGUAAGUUAGUAGUCAGGAAGUGGAAUAGUUUGGGAAGAGAUGUAGUGGAGAUGCGAAAACAAAAAGAAUUUGAAAUCAGAGUUGUUGCCAGAACUUGUCUAAAUUUCUGCAAGGACUUGGAGAGGUGCAAGAUUGUCCUGCAAGAGGUGGGUAUACCCUGGCUUCUAGAGCUGAUGAACAGUAAAGAACAAGCAAUAGUCAAUGCCACACAGUACACCUUCCAGACAUUCUUCAACACCCUGGCUGGCAUGGAUAUUAAACUAGAAAAGAAAGCUGAUAAAAAACUCCUUGCAGGUAGGCUUUAUAUUCUUUCUUGAUUUCAGAGACUUGUAUGUGUUUUCAGAGACUUCUACCUUAGUGGAAUAUGCCGAGAUGCCCCUAAUGAACUCUUCUCAAAACGGGGGUGGAACAAACUGGGGGGAGACAGGUUCGUCAGAAUGGGAGGUAUAGAAAAAAUGCUAGACAUUUGCUCAGAACUGGAGGAAUUCAAGUUUGAGAGUCGUAUCGAGAUCACAGAUAAUACACGCAUGACAACAGCGAUUUGCCUCUCAAAAGUUUAUGAAACCCAAUAUGAUGAUAAAUCUAAGGAUUUAUAUCAUCAACGAGUUGAUGAAUACAUCAGACUACGGCUGCUGACCCCAGACAUAGAACACAAAGUUCGUGUCACUGUUGCCAUUACAACUUUGCUUCUUGGACCUUUAGAUGUAGGGAGUAGACUCAUCUCAAGAGAGGGAAUCUUGGAAAUGAUGUUGGUCAUGGCAAACACAGAUGAUGUCUUACAGCAGAAGGUUGCCUGUGAAGCUCUGAUUGCUGCAGCUUCCAAAAAAGAAAAGUGCAGACCCAUUAUAACACAGGGUACAGACAUCUUAAAGAAACUUUAUCAGAGCAAGAAUGAUUCAAUUCGAGUGCGAGCACUGGUGGGAUUGUGUAAGCUUGGUUCUAUGGGAGGCACUGAUGCUUCAAUGAAACCCUUUUCUGAAGGAGCCUCUCUCAAGCUGGCAGAAGCUUGUAGAAGAUUCCUUGUUAACCCAUCAAAAGAUAAGGACAUGCGGCGGUGGGCCUGUGAGGGCCUGUCCUUCCUCACCUUAGACGCUGAUGUUAAGGAGAAACUCAUUGAAGACAGACCAGCUCUUCGUUCAAUGAUUGAACUUGCUAAAUCUGGUGACAUGAAUUGUUUAUAUGGUGUCGUGGCAACCUUUGUCAACCUCUGUAAUGCAUAUGACAAACAAGAAAUAAUUCCGGAGAUGGUCGAGUUGGCCAAGUUUGCGAAGCAGCAUGUUCCCGAGACUCAUGAUCUAGAUGACCCAGAUUUUGUUGAAAAACGUAUCAAAGUACUGGCUGAAGAAGGUGCUGCAGGAGCUCUUGCAGCUCUCAGCAAGACAGAUAGUCAUAAUUCCAGGGAACUGAUUGCAAGAUUGUUCAAUGCUAUUUGUCAGCUGCAGGAAAACCGAGGUUUAGUAGUGCAACAGGGAGGUACGAAGGCUCUUCUUGGCCUGGCCUCAGAAGGCACAAAGAAGGGCAAAACAGUGGCAGCACAAGCUCUAGCCCGUAUUGCCAUCACUAUGAAUCCAGAGGUUGCUUUUCCAGGACAGAGGGCCUAUGAGGUUGUGCGGCCAUUAUUGAAAUUAUUAGAUGUAGAAUGUGAAGCAUUAGAGAACUUUGAGGCUCUGAUGGGUCUUACUAACAUUGCUGGAAUGUCUGAGUCUACUAGAAAACGCAUCAUCAAAGAAAGAGGCUUGCCAUUAAUUGAGAACUACAUGUUUGAAUACCACGAAAUGAUAAGAAGAGCAGCCAUUCAGUGUAUGGCAAAUAUGUGUGCAUCUCCAGAUAUAAUUAAGAUGUUGGAAGGCAAAAAUGACAAGUUUAAGUAUCUGUUCCUUUGUGCAUCUGACGAGGAUGAAGAAAUUAUUAAAGCCGCUGCUGGUGCCCUCUGUAUGGUCAUGUCUGAAUCACCCAAAUGUUUAGUUAAAGUGUUUGAGGCUAAAGACUGGGAAGAAAUCCUAAAGUUCCUACUUUCUCAUGGAAAUAAGGACAUCCAGUACCGUGGUACUAUCAUUGUAUACCUGCUAGUCUCUCAUGACAAGCAAACAGCUGAGAGGGUGAUAGACACACACUGUAAGACUGCUCUUGAAGCUAUUUCCAAGAUAGACAAUCCAGAAUUGGUUUUACCCAAGGCUCGUGAAUAUGCUUAUAAUACACUGAAGUUAUGUGCAACUCAGUGGAAGCUCAUCAAAGACCCUGAUGUACAAGACGAUUAGUUUUUUUCCUUGGGUCAUUGUUGAAUAUUUCUUCCAUCAAUGAGAUAUUAGAUACUGUAGAAGUACAGUGGUAUCUUGGAAUACGAACAGAUCAAAACUCGAACAGUUAUGCAAGUGCUUUUGUUUUGGGGUUCUGAAAUGGACUAAUCUAAUUUAUAUUCUUCCUUGUGGGAACAAAUUCGUUCGGUAUCAGCAUUAACAGCCUUCAGGAACGAACUAAGUUCGUAUCUCGAGGUGCCACUGUAUAUUGCCAGUGAUUUAUAAAGUCACCUCAUUCUGCAGAAUAUAAAUGUUAUAUUUAAAAAAGUGAAAAUUUUUAUUAGUGUUAAAAGUAUUAACACUAUUUAAUUUUAGCUAGAAUUCAUUUAAAAAGUAGUACAUCUGUAGUCACCUGAAAAAUGGGUUAGUUGGUGAGACAUCAUAGUAUAGUGGUAAUGCUCUUCACUUUUCAGUACAAGGGAGUCUGGGUCAAGACUUAAAUAUUAUUCCGUGUGAUCAAAGCUAAGCUUUCUAGUGUGACUUGAGGCUCUUGAUACUUGGACUGAAAAAACAGAGGAUCACAAAGAUGGUAAAUUUUAUUUAUUAUUCCUGAAAUGUUUCAGAAUUGCCAAGCGAGAAUAGUGUUAGAUAAAAAAUUUCCCAUAUGAAGUGGGAUGCCUGGAGAAUAGGAGAGGGGUAAUGAAGCUUGAAGGGAAGGAGAGGGUAUAUUCAGUUCCUUAAGUCAAGAGCCAUUCACUAGUAUCAAGACACCCCCCCCCCUCUUUAGUAGUUCAUAUUGACUACCUCCCAUUAGCUUAAUUUUCUAAGUUGCAGCAAAUGCUGGUUGUAUCCAGUUAGACAAACUUUUACAGAUAGCUAUUUAAACACCUUAAGUAUAUUUAGAAAGAAUGGAACAAAGUAGAAUGACUUGGAGACUGUAUAAAUCUAUUGGGGAAGGAAGGCGGGGUAGGGGUUGUCCCUGAAAAGGUCGGAGGGAGGGGCUUGGACUACCAGCAAGCGUGCAUGAGUAUUUUAGAUAGGAGUGAAUGGAGACUAAUGGUUUUUGGGACCUGACGAGCCGUUGGAGUGUGAGCAGGGUAAUAUUUUGUGAAGGGAUUAGAGGAAACCAGUUAGCCGGACUUGAGCCCUGGAAAUGGGAAGUACUAUGCCUGCACUUUAAAGGAGGGGUUAAAGAUAUUGGUAGUUUGCAGGGACGUUUAAACUGUCAUAUCUGAGCUCCUCUGCAAAGACGGUGAUUAUGUAUGAGUGAUGGUGAAAGUGUUGAAUGAUGAUGAGUUUUUUCUUUCUUUUUGGGUCACCCUGCCUAGGUGAGAAACAGCUGAUGUGUUAAAAAAAGUAUAUAUACCGUUCAAAGUUACUUACACUUUUAACAUCUUGAGGGUAUUUAGUUGCAUAUUUUCUUAAAGCUAAAAUUCUAAAGGAUUACUAUAAUUUUAAUGGAGUGCUUGGGAUUUCCUUGUGAACAGUUUUACUCCUACACUAUGAUGAUAAUGGUAGUUGUGUAAAUGCAGAGCUAUUCCAUUAUAGAUAAGUUUUAUUUUAAGUGCCAUUUUCAGUAAAUUAUAUUUAUAAUUGGAAUCAUUUUGAUUGUGUGCGUGUAAAAAGAUGUUUGUGCCUUAUUUAUAUGCUCUGUUGGGUCACCUGGCAUUUAGCCUAACACACACACACUACAGCCUUAUUAUCAAGCCCUUUAAUAGCACUUUCUUUUGAAUAAAAGUCUGCUUUCCACAUGAUAACCACUGGUUACUCUGCCAGAAAGCUCAUUACCAGUCACACGUGAGUGUUAGCUAUACAAUUAUGUAUUAUAAUCAAAACCAAGUGCUAAACCCACCAGGGUCAUACAAUUAUGUAGAAAAGUUAAAACUGUAGGGGUCAUAGUGCCUGGGUUUUAAUAUUUAUCUGAGGGUUGAACUAAGGUGCCCCUGGUAUUGUAAGUGCUCUCGAUAUCUUGUGUUUGCUCCAAGCCAGAUAUGCUGCAAGAUCUGGUAAUCAUUAUUAUUAUAAUCAAAAUGAAGUGCUAAACCCAUAAGGGCCAUUCUCCUGGUAAUCAUGAGCAUUAAGGUUAAUUUUAUUUUGAUUCGAAUGGCUUUGUGCUGCAAAAAUCAGACUUUGAGAUAGCCCAUGUCAAUUUUGUGUUACAUCUUCUCCCUUUAGGAUUUAUAUUGCCUCUAGUCUUGCUUAGAGUUGGGGUCUUCCUGGGAAUAAGAUGUAUAGAAUAUUUACCUUUGACUAAGAAAAAUUAUUUUCUAUGCUGUCAAUAGGUCUAAUUACAUUCCUCUUCUUAUGUCAAGGGACUGAAGAGAAAAUAACCUAUAGCCUAAAGACAUGUAUGAAACUCAUUCUAUUAGGAGACAUGUAACCCACUGGUGGCUUUUCCAGGCACACUGGAUUGAUAGAGUAUCUCCCAUGGUUGAAACGUGAUAAAAUGUCCCAGGUGUUGCAUAAUUGUCUGUUCAUCAGUAUUGUUAUACUUAGUACUUUAAGAAAAUACCUGUAGCAAGAAUGCUGAGGUAGCCUGGUAAACAGAAUUUGCCACUGAUAAUGAGCAUGUCUGGCAGAGUAAGCAGUGAUUGAGUGGAAAAAGCAUGAUUUGUAGUACUAAAGACUUGUGUGUGAAUGGGAGGCUGUUUUUUUUUUUUUAGGAAGUUAACUGAUCCACAGCAGCAUUGAUGAUCCUCAUCCUUCAUAAAUUAUUGUUAGUGAAAUUUUUAUACAGUACGUGUACCUAAAUUAUGGAUUGUUGUAUUUAUUUAAAUUAUAAAAAAAAAAAAAAAAAAAAAGGUAAAUCCUACACUGAGAGACCCUCUUCAGCAGAUUAAAAAUAUGGAGUAGACAGAGGUUUAUAAUGAAAAGCAUUCAGCUUAGCAAGGUGGAGCAGCACAUAGGUUACGUCAAAUCCACAGCCAAGUAGACCUCCCCAGUUCCUGUUGGUAAAUUUUGUGUUCAGUAUUAUUGUAUAUGAACUAAUUAUAUCUGGCAUCCAUAGUCCUUGUCAGAGAUUGAAAGUAGGUUGUGACAUGAAGAUGACUUCAGUGAUAUUUCUUUUAAAAGGACAGGAUGUUUUUGGGAGAGAUUUGCAUUUUCCUAGCGUAUGCCAUUGUUGGUUGACUUACACAACACGUCGAAAGAUGAACAUGCUUCGUCUUUCAGCUUAUUCUUUUUGUUUUCGAUGCUCCAAUAUCUUACGCACAUUAUUAUUAUAAUCCAAAAGAAGCGCUAAGCCACAAGGACUAUACAGCUUCUUAUGCACAUAAUCUGCAAUCCUUAGAGAACUUUGUAGACUCUUAGUGUAAGGGUAGAGAUUAGUUUAUUAGAAAUAUUGUCAUUUUUUAGGUAAUAUGGAACUAUUUUAGCAAUGCUCUGAUUUUUUUUUUUUUUCUUCUAAGUAGGUUAUAAAAAUUUGUUAGCUUUGACUGCACUUAUUUGUAUAACCCAAUCUGGGUAUUUAGUUGGUGGAAUUGAAUGUUUUUUUUUUUUUUUCCUUGGUCUAAGUGUUGGGGCUUCAGAUCUUUGAGGCUCUUAAGAUAACAGUGCUGUAUAGCCCUUGUGGCUUAGCGCUUCUUUUUGAUUAUAAUAAGAUAACAGUAUGAAAGUAUAGUAGUACCAACACUCUUAUAUGGGUGUGAAGCUUGGGUGGUAAAUGCAGCAGCGAGGAGACGGUUGGAGGCAGUGGAGAUGUCCUGUUUAAGGGCAAUGUGUGGUGUAAAUAUUAUGCAGAAAAUUCGGAGUGUGGAAAUUAGGAGAAGGUGUGGAGUUAAUAAAAGUAUUAGUCAGAGGGCAGAAGAGGGGUUGUUGAGGUGGUUUGGUCAUUUAGAGAGAAUGGAUCUAAGUAGAAUGACAUGGAAAGCAUAUAAAUCUAUAGGGGAAGGAAGGCGGGGUAGGGGUCGUCCUCGAAAGGGUUGGAGAGAGGGGGUAAAGGAGGUUUUGUGGGUAAGGGGCUUGGACUUCCAGCAAGUGUGCGUGAGCAUGUUAGAUAGGAGUGAAUUGAGACGAAUGGUACUUGGGACCUGAUGAUCUGUUGGAGUGUGAGCAGGGUAAUAUUUAGUGAAGGGAUUCAGGGAAACCGGUUAUUUUCAUAUAGUCGGACUUGAGUCCUGGAAAUGGGAAGUACAAUGCCUGCACUUUAAAGGAGGGGUUUGGGAUAUUGGCAGUUUGGAGGGAUAUGUUGUGUAUCUUUAUAUGUGUAUGCUUCUAGACUGUUGUAUUCUGAGCACCUCUGCAAAAACAGUGAUAAUGUGCGAGUGUGGUGAAAGUAUUUUCUUUUUGGGGAUUUUCUUUCUUUUUUGGGUCACCCUGCCUCGGUGGGAGACGGCCGACUUGUUGAAAAAAAAAAAAAAAAAAAACAGUAUUUGAUAGAAUCUUUGGGAAAGCUUAAGUAGCAAAUAUAGCUGGCCUCUUGUGGUGUUCUGUAGACCCUACCCCACAUGGGAAGUACUGUAUAUACAAAACAGGGGCACCACACCUAAAUUCUCAACAUACAGAAACCCAAUGCAACCAAUUGUAUUCAACUUCCACAAAAACUACAUCAAGAAGUGUCAUUGCAGGGUUAUUUUCAAGAUACAUGGGAAUUUGUAGCCCCAACAAUUUGCAAGAUCUUAAUUCCACCAACUAGGAUACCUAGUGUGUGUGUUCUAUAAUUGGGUUUAUUAAAAAAUGCUAAAAAAAAUUUACAACAGCCUACUCGACAGUAAAAAAUUUUAAAUCAUCCAGUACCAUCAAAAAAAAAAAAGUAUCUUCUCAAGAGGAUCAUCAUAAAGGUUCCAUAGUACCUCAACAAAAUUAGCAAUAAUGCCAGCAAUAAAAAAAAUCCCUACCUUCUUACCAGGAGUUUACAAAAUUACCUGUAAGGAUUGCAGCAUCCUUACACAGGACAAACUAAGAGGCACUCAAAACAAGGUUAAUGAAACCUGAAAGAGCAGUCAGAUAUAUAUACAAGAAAACUUUAUCUUUCAACAUAUUCUUACAUGUCAACCAUAGCAUACACUGGGAAGGUGCAGAUCUCUCGUGCAACAUCCUGUCUUUUUAGAAGAAAGAUCAGUGAAACUACCUUCAUGUCAAAAUCUACUUUAAACCUCUCACAAGAACAAUGAUAGCCAGAUAUAAAAACUAAUAUACAAUAACUUAUACUUGAUCCAAACUUACCUACACAGAAAGUAUUGAAACUCCAAAGGCCUACUUGGCUGUUAGUAGUUGACGUGGCUCAAAGUGUCUCCACCUUACUGUCAUGUGCUUUCUAUAAUAAUAAUUAUUUGUGCAACUGAUACAAACCUAGUUAACAUUAUUGGCAUACUUUCUAUAAAGUCCCUAGGUAUGCAGAGCAUUUUUUGCAGCCUAAGUUAGUAUUAUCCCCCCCAAUGAUACAAAGCACAGCAUCUGGAUAAUGCCCAAGUACCUACUUACUGCUAGGUAAACAAGGGCAGUAGAUGAAAGGAAACUGCCCAAUGUUUUACCUGUGCCAGGGAUUGAUCCUGGACCCUCAAUAUGAGCUGAGGUGUUUCAAAGCCAUGAGCAUCUCUGUCUAUUCCACCUCUUUAGGGAGGUUCCUUGAUGCUGGUGAGGGGCUCUUGAUCCAAGGAAAUGAACUUAACCUCCCCUUUGUUGGAUCAAACCUGAUUGCCUAUGUUGUGACUCCCCCCUCCCCCCCCUGCAAGUUUAGUGUUCCUCAUCCUCCUGUGUAGUAAUAACUGGUGUAUGCCAACAAUCUGCUGCAGUGGGUCAUUCACAAUAUACAGCUGUGCUAUUUUUUCUGUCUGGGAGAUUUACCUGCUUGUUGAUCACUGUUCACUUAUACAAGAGAUGUUUCUUUUUAUAAAAUUAAAUAAAUUUUAAAUAUGAA